UAAUGGCUUCCCCAAUGCUUGACCACCUGCGCGACUCAGACCAGGACGUUAGACUGGCGACUGACACAUGCCAGUUUAAUCUUACAGCUUCUUUAAAAUGAGCAAGGUGCAGAGAAGGAGGCGUAUUCCUCCAGAUCGCGCAAACUCUUAGAACACAAGCAGGAGUGUAGUACGCUACAAUAGACGACCACUGCAACGAGCUACAUAAAUUCGUGAUGCACAAGGUGUGACGCCGUUUCUGUAGCGUCAUAAAGCCCAAAACUAGAGUGGAAUCGUUCCCUGACUGCAUCGGUUUACCUUCAUUGAAUUGAACCAGAUCUUAUUUAUUUUAACGCUAAAUUUUUCCUAUUAUACGGGGUCUACAGAUUUGAGCACCAUCAGACCCAACGCAUUGACCGGCAGCCCAUCCGUCCUCCAUUAGCCUCGCGUUAUUUCUGUUAAGGGCUAGUUAUCCGUGAAGGUUGGGGGGGCUGGAACUGCCCCUAGUUCCAGCCCUGGUGGCCAACUCUCACCUGGGAGACCCGAGUUCAAUCCUCGCCAGAUCAUCGCCACAUUGGUAUCAAGAGAUCAUGGGGAAACAGAACAGCAAGCUGACCCCUGAGGUCAUGGAGGACCUGGUGAAGAACACUGAGUUCAAUGAGCAUGAGCUGAAGCAGUGGUACAAGGGCUUCCUGAAGGACUGCCCCAGUGGCAGACUCAACCUGGAUGAGUUCCAGCAACUCUAUGUCAAGUUUUUCCCAUAUGGUGACGCAUCAAAGUUUGCCCAACACGCCUUCAGAACCUUUGACAAAAACAGUGAUGGCACCAUUGACUUCAGGGAGUUCAUCUGCGCACUGUCCAUCACAUCCCGUGGAAGCUUUGAGCAGAAGCUGAACUGGGCCUUCAACAUGUAUGACCUGGAUGGCGAUGGCAAAAUCACACGAGUGGAGAUGCUGGAAAUCAUUGAGGCCAUCUACAAGAUGGUGGGCACAGUUAUUAUGAUGAAGAUGAAUGAGGAUGGGCUGACCCCAGAACAGCGGGUGGACAGGAUCUUCAGCAAGAUGGACAAGAACAACGAUGACCAGAUCACACUAGAUGAGUUCAAAGAGGCUGCGAGGAGUGAUCCAUCCAUUGUAUUACUCCUCCAGUGUGAAAUGCAGAAGUGAACAAGCAAUGACUGUCUGCGAGCUCUGAACUUCACAGGGGUUUAAUGAUCUAUUCAGUCUGCAGCUAUUUCCACAGAAGAAAAAAGACAAAACAAAAUAAAAAACUACGAAGACAAUAAUUGCUUGGGACUACCUUUCAAUGGACUUGCUUCCUGUGUUUGAAACACUUGUUUGCAUGAGAAUGUCAUUUGCUAAAAAAAAAAAUCAAGUAUUAUUUAUAUGUACUGUAUAUAUAUAUAUUUGAAAAUAUAUAAUUAGAAAUUCCUGCCAAAAUGUGAAGAAAUGUCUUGUAUACACUCCAUAGAAUUCCCUUUCCAAUGUAGCUUGUUGUGCUGAGUUUGAGCUAUGUUACCAUGGUAUUUAUUUUCCUACAUUUUUUUGCUGGCACAAGCUAUGACUGAUUUAAUGUUGCAAAAAAAUUUAAUUCUAAUGGUAGUUUAAACUAUUAACCCAUUCCUCUAAGGCCUGGGCUGGCAGAGAUGUCAAUUAUCUGUGAGCUAAUCCAGAAUGUGCUUGUACUGUGGAAUAGAAGUGUACUUUGCAUGCAUGUAGAUUCAGCCUUAAAAAAGAACCUCCCCUCCUUUUGUGCCAUUUUAAUCCCAUAAGAACAAAGCCUUAUCAAACCUUAACAGUAUUGUCAUAUGGGAUGUAUAUUUGUGGUUUGUUAAUUUACUACAUGUGGGAGCAUGCUUCCUUAUAAAUAGUACUAUAUCUAUGCUACUAAGUCCUUGUUGGAAAUCUUGUGAACCCAAUGUUAUUAUCAUUUAUCAGGACAGUGUGGCCUAUUUUAGUAUAUUAUAAAUCUGAGUAAGCUCAAUUUGUAUAUACCAAAUGACACCAAAAAUGGCUUUCUAUAUUAACUGCAAUGACAGAUGCUCCAAUGACUGAGGACUCCAGAAACUCUUGUUUUGUCGUAAGCCACUUGAUUAAUGGGAAAAUGCACCCACAAACCUGCACAUUUGAAAAAAAUACUCUAUGCCUCUCCCAGUAAAAAUACUAUUCAUUUUCUUUUAGAAUAAACUGUAACUUUAAUGUCACUAAAAUGCUUUUUGUAGAGCAAUAAUUCAAGAGAACAAGGGAAUAGUUGCUAUGAAUUGAUUGGCGUAUGCUGGCCAUUUUGUUUGCAACACAAUCAUUUGUUUAUUUUUAAAGAGCAUUGAGAGUCUAAAGGACAGAGUGUAUGUCACAUGGUAGUAUUUCACCGAUGUUUAGGAUGCAAUAUUAACUACUUGGACCUCAUAUCAUUGGCAAAAAAUAAGAAUAUACUUUAUAAUAUACCAUGCCAUUUUCCAAGUCCAUAAGUUAUAAUAUACCAGGGUUAGGUACUAUUAAGACAUUAUUCUCUGUUACAUCGUUUACAUGGUAAAGGAAAAGGAGGACAGUCAAGCAUUCUAUAAGAUGUUGAUUGGUCUCUCUCCAUCAGUCAGUUUGAAAUCACUUUUCGACACAUUUUGUUGAACAUUGUCAGGUUGCAGUUCCACAUUAAAAUACUGUGAGGAAAUGUCAUUAAGCAACAUAUUUGAUAGACAGUUUUACCUAAAGUGUGCUCUGCCCUUAACUGUUUGUAAAACCUUUUGUAUUCCCCUCUCACAUCCUCAAAUUUAAAUGCAGUGAACACAGGAACGCAGUGAACAUCAAGGUACAGUUUCUCUCACAGGAGAGAAGAAAAAUCUGUCAAAUUGGACAGUUCUAGAAACUUAAUGUAUGAAAACCGUUUCCUUUUAAAUUAAUAUUUAACUGGCCUUGGGUCCCCCACCAUUUAAAGAACAUGAGUCAGGUCUAAGUGAAAUGGUAAAGUAUCUCCACAGUUGGGAGUGUGCAUUGAUUUUGACUGUAUCAUUGUUCAGAAUAGUCCCCAUGUACAAUCAGAAGUUCAGAUUAAUAUCUUUCCCCUGUGAAUGUUUGUAUUGAAUAUUCAAUGUGUAUUCUAUCAUACCAAAUACAAAUCAAAAUUUGCUAUAUGGAUUCUUAAAAAAAAUAUUUGUAGCAUGUAUUGUGCUCCUUGGUGACCUUGACCACACUCCUUGUGUUGUUGUUUGACCUAAUAAAACACCUAUGGGCUGUUUUCUGAA